AAGUUCCUAUCAUGUCGAGAGCGCGAGAUAUGACGUAAGUUGCUUGCCGCGCAGUGAUGAUGGCGGUGCGUGAACGCGCAGUAAAAGUAAUGGCUGCUCUAGAUCGGCGGGUGCCUAGCCUCGAUGAUUUCGUGGGUCAAAGCUGGACUGCCUGGGCCGAGUGGGCCGGUGUGACAGCGGCAGAGGGCACUGAUGUAGGUGACUGCAGCAAGAAUGGCAAAAAAGCUGCAGAGGCCAUGUCACUCAGUAAGGAGGACAUGUCCAUCUUCGGCCUAUACCCCGGCCAUGAUGACUUCUACCUGGUGGUGUGCAGCCAUUGUGGCCAAGUAGUGAAGCCGCAGGCGUUCGAGAAGCACUGUGAGCGACGACAUGGCCCCCUGGCCAAGCUGUAUGCCCGGCUGCGCUCCCCCACCCCUGCACCCCCACCCCAGCAGAGGCCCCACCACGGCCAUUCUCCUUCUCAUGGGACCAACGCUGCUUCCGCUUCAUCCUGGGAGAGUCGUGGCCAGGGGGCCGGGCAGCCAAAGCCAGCCCCCCCCUCACCUUCCACUCCACCACAAUACAGACACUCCAAGAACCCCAAGGAUGGAGUACGACAUUCCCCGCUGGAGAAGCCCUCCCACAGCAGCCACACAGAGUCCCCAGUGUUCAAGCAGCCUCCGCCUCUGGAACCUCCUAUAAGCUCCCCCCCGCCAUCACUCAGAGAUCCGCCCUGGCCGCAUGGAGGCACCCCCCCACCUGGUAGGCCUCCACCCAGUGAUAGGUCCCCCACCCAGAACCAGAAGAAGGACUCCCCCCAGAACUCGGGAAUUCCAAACCACCGGGUCCCCAGACCCUACAACAAAGUGGCCUCCAAGAGGGAGUGUGACCUGGACAAACACUGCGGCGUCCUUGACCCCGACAGGAAGAAGGUCUGCACCCGCCUCCUGACAUGCAAUAUUCACUCCAUCCACCAGCGGAGGAAAGUGAUGGGGCGCAGCAAGAACUUUGACCAGUUAGUGGCAGAACUGAAGACCAAGGUCCGUGAAAAAGGGGCCCAAUCCCUGGAUGGAAACUCGUCUGCUGGACGCUCCCCCAGCCCAGAGGCCCUGGAACAGGCGGGGGCCCCACACUGCAGGAGACCCCUGGCCAGAUGUGUGUUUUACAGUCGGCCUUCAUCUGUGUCGGAGAGCAACACGGAGGAUGAGCAACAGUACGAGGGGGGGGUCCGAGCCCCCUCACCUCUGGUUCAUGGAAAAAUCUCCAGUGAUGAAAGUGAGGCAGAGGGACCCGAGGAGCCCGUUGGGUUCCCAUCUUCUGCUGCACAUCCCAGACCUCUAGCGGUAUGUUCAUUUGGCAGCCAUGCUUUGGGUCACGGCAUCUACACGUUUGACCGCAGACUCCACCACCUGAGGUCGGCUCUCAGCAGCAUGCUGGAGCAGCACAUCAGCGCACACCUCUACAGGAAAAUACCUCAAGCCACAGAUCUUCACUCUUCACCUCCCUCGGCCCGGACCAUCUCCUCCUCUUCCUCCUCCUCUUCCUCUUCCUCCUCUUCCUCUUCGUUACAUUCUAAGAUCCGCACAGGAAGUCAUAUCAACUCCUCAAUCAAAACGGCCUCCUCUACCUCCUCCUCCAGUCGAGGUCCAGGAAGACCCCCGACAGCCAUACAGACGGAGAACUCGGGGGUCAGCGGGGGCAGCCUCGGGGGUCACCUGCUCUCUCCAGCUAAGCCUGUGACGGGCGUUCGGGGCUCUGGGCGUCUUAAGAACCCUGUUGGGCGCCCCAGCAAGCAGACGAUGAAGCUGCGAGAGGAGGCUGCCACCGCUGCUGCCCAGCGCAAACGCAAAGCCCCCUCCCAGGAGGGGGAGCACUCAGGCCCCGACAGGAACUGUAUACUGCUCCAGGACCGGGGCCGCCCACCUUCUGCAGCCUCCUCCUCUUCAUCCUCUUCUUCUAAAACCCCCAUUUCCUCACCGCUCACACAUGGACAGACCAAUGGUACACUUUCCCCCAGCAGCAAGCCCCGCCCACAGCCCUCCCCCUCAGAACCCCAUUCACCAGCCGCCAAGGCGGUCUGGACCUACAGACGGACACACACUCCUCUGGGCCAUUCCUCUCCCCCAGACCCGUCGUCCACCAACCACAACUCUCACAGCCGGCCUGGCGGGGGGGACUCAGGACUUCACUUGCAGGGUGGCGGAAGGGGCUGUGAGCACCAGGGGCUUGUGAAAAAACGAAAGGGGGGCGGAAUGGAGGAGCAUUCGCCCUCCAAACCCUCAGUGCACCGCCCCCCCUCCUCCUCCAGCUCCGCCCCUUCCUCCUCCUCUCCGCGCUCCAACUUUUAUCCCUGGAAGGAAAGCAAAGGGGGGGGGCUGGCUGGGGGUGUGGAGAAGAAACUGGGCACACAGAAGCCAAAACUGCACCAUUAAGUGUGCCUGCCUUACAAGAGGGAGCCAGCUCUGCUCAGUCCAAGACUGGGGCAACGGGACUCAAGUGUGUGUGUGUGUGUGUGUGUGCAGUAUGGAUGUGUUGGUUUGAAUGUCUGUAUGUGUGAGGGAGGAGUGGGAGGGUGGGAUGAAAUUCAGAGUAUGGAUUUAAAAAUACCUCAAGACCAUCCGGUUAUGCUGCUAAAUUAAAUAUGUUUGUUUAUCAAAAUGGAUUAAAAAUGUCCUUUACACUUGUUUUCUAUGACCUGUUUUGUAAUGUUACGUCACAAAUCUGAAGACCUUCAGGGCGCAGCCGUCAUAUUUUCAGGUUUUCUGUCCAUGCUUCCGUCCAUUCUCGUGGACGUGAUAUCUCAGAACGCCUGGAGGAAAAACGUUUCAAAUUUGGCACAAAGGUCCGCUUAGACUGAAGGAUGAACUGAUCACAAUCUGGAGUUUAAAGGUCAAAGUCAAUGUGACCUCACAAAACACAUUUUUGGCUGUAACUAAAGGAUUAAAACACACAUAAGAAGAUGAUACACAAAUAUCUUAAAGGUCCCCUAUUAUACUGUUUUUCAUCAAUAUA